AUGGUUCAGAAGCCGCGGGAGGAGGUUGGCAAGCGAAGGACUUCUGUUUACGGGGUGGCGACUGACACCAGCACUUUUCACUUCAUCAAGUUGGAUGAGAAAUCCGUCUUUUGGGUUAUCCCAGUGGGCCCCGCAGAUGGAAAAAAGGGCAAAUACUCAAAGAUUCUUCGGAUCUUAGUUUAUAUGAUCCGAAAAGCAGCGACAACCUCUCCCACCCACUCCAAAGAGUCAACAGGCAAUAAUGAUGAUGGACCAAUUUCGCUAGAUGACAUGCAAAAUGCUGAUAUCAAGGCGAUUUUGAAAAGAAAGAGAUAA